AACCGCUCCAAACAAAAAGCAUAGCUCCUCGACAAUUCAAGAAAGAAAAGUUAUACAAAUACAGCAUAAUUUCAACCCCCGAUACUAUUAUUUUUGUAACAAAUUGGAAGAUAUAUGUAUAGUCGAGAAAAUGCAAGCGGAGCUGAACAGAACAGAGGUCCGAUGCAACUUUGUACAGAGCAUCAAAGCGUUGAGCUAUCUGCGUUGCAAUAUCUCAUCUGGGUGUUUGUGGAUUUUAUUCUUUGGUUUUCGAUUACUUAAUUGAAUAUUUUGGUAUUUAUAGUCAUUUUUCAAUGAUAAUGCAAUGCAAUGCUAUGAAAUAUCCACUUAUUGGGUUCAACAGAAAAUACCCUACAUGGGCAGUAUGUAUAGUAUUUAGUAGGUAUACUACAGUUGCACAAAACUCAUUUUCGGAAGAAGAAGAUAAGUUUGUGGACAGAGCAUAUGAAUUGUUAAGGCAAUAUGGAUGCAACGACAGUAUUCUUGACCGUUUAUUAUCUCCCACAUUAUUAAGUCCUUCCUUAGGUGUUAGGGUUUUGGAAAAGAUCCAUAGAGAUGCAAGGGUGGCUUAUGGGUUUUAUAACUGGGCAGAGGAUCAAAAGGAUUUCAAGCCGACAAUUCAAUGGAGGUGUGUUAUUAUUCACAUUCUGACUAAAGCCAAGAUGUAUGAUUCUGCAGAGACUGUAAUGAAAGGUCUUAUAAUGGAGGAGGGGAAGGAUGAGCCACUGGUGUUUGAAGGAUUGAAGGAAACUUACAAGGGUUGUUAUGUAAGCUGUGGUGUGUUUGAUAUGCUUGUUAAGUUGUAUGCUCAGUUGGGUAUGGUGGAGAAAGCACAACAAGCAUUGGGUUUGGUCAAAAGUUGCGGCUUCAUGCUCAGUGCUUUAGCUUAUAAUAAUUUUCUUUCUGCUUUGUUCAAGUCUAAACUUGUGAAUAUGGCAUGGGAAGUGUAUGAUGAAAUGGUUAGAAGCUCUGUUUCACCGAAUGUUUACACAUACAACAUUAUGAUCCAAGGUCUCUGUAUGGAUGAGAGAUUGGAUAGAGCAAUGCAGUUUGUGAUCGAAAUGACGGAGAAGGGUUGUUUGCCUAACGUGGUUACUUACAAUACCCUUAUCAAUGGGCAUUCUAGGCUUGGUAAGAUUGAAAAGGCUUUUGAACUGUUAAACUUGAUGCAGAAUCAAAGGUUAAUGCCCAACACUGUGACUUACAAUGCUCUUAUUAAUGGACUUUGCAAGGAAGGCAAAGUAAAGGAAACAGGUCAGCUUCUAAUUGAAAUGAAAAAGAAGGGUUUAACUCCUGAUAAAGUGACAUACAACACAUUGAUCGAUGGAUACUGCAAAGAAGGUGAUAUGCAUGAAGCACUUACACUGCAUACUGAAAUGGUAUGGAAAGGACUUUCGCCAGAUGUUGUGACUUACACCGCUCUCAUUGAUAGACUAUGUAAAAAUGGCAGUGUGCAAAGAGCAAGCGAAUUUAUGAAUAAAAUGAAAGAAAGAGGGUUGAAUCCGGAUGCCUUUACAUAUACUGCUUUAAUUGACGGAUAUUGCAAGCAAGGAGAUAUGCAAAAGGCUCUUGAGAUUCAAAAGGAAAUGAUAGAUAAAGGAUUUGUUCCUUCUAUUGUGACAUUUAAUUCUGUUAUCAAUGGAUUUUGUUUGGAACGCAAUAUAAGGGCAGCACAGAAUGUUUUCAAUGACAUUUUAGAGAAGGGCUUGGUUCCUGACAUGGUAACUUAUAGUACGCUAAUUGAUGGGUACUGCAAGGGAGGCAAUAUGCAAGAGGCAUUAAGUUUACUAUAUGAGCUUGUUGGAAAAGGCCUUGUUCCAGAUGUAAUUACCUACUCUUCUCUCAUUCAGGGUUUCUGUAAGGAAGGAAGACUAGAAGAUGCCUGCAUGUUAUUUGAAAAAUUGCUACUGAUGGGCUUGAAUCCUGAUCGGUUUACUUACACUACAUUGAUCAAUGGACACUGUAGAGAAGGAAACAUACAGAAGGCAUUUCAGUUACAUAAUGAAAUGAUACAGAAAGGCCUGUCACCAGAUGUAGUCAGUUACAGUGCACUCAUUCAUGGACUUCGUCAGCAAUCUAGGACAAAGGAAGCAAAUCGACUCUUGUUCAGAAUGAUGUAUGAUGAUCUGAUUCCUGAUGAAAUCACUUAUGAUACUUUGGUGGAAUACUGCGUGGAUGAGAAUUUGGAGAGCAAUGUGGCUCUUAUUAAAGGAUUAUGCAUGAAAGGCAAAAUGAUUGAAGCAGAAAAAGUAUUUGAAGCAAUGCUAGAGAAAAACUCAACUCCUAAUGAUGUUGCAUACAGUGUACUGAUCCAUGGACAUUGUAAAGAUGGAAAUAUUCAAAAGGCUUUUGGGAUGUACAAUGAAAUGGUGCAGCUGGGUUUAAUACCUAACAUUCUUACCAUUAUUGUUCUUAUUAAAAGCCUUUGUAAUGAGGGAAUGAUUAAGGAAUCAAGUCAGCUUUUGCGGGGAGUCAUAAAAGGGUGUUUGGCUCCUGAUGCUGUUUCACGAACAGUAAUGAUUGAGCAGAACUUUGAAGGAGGUAACAUGCAGGAAGUCAUAAAAUUUUUGACUGAAAUGGUUGAUGAUGGUCUUCUUCCAAAUGUAGUUAGACCCCUGACAGAGUAGUAAGAUGGAACUUACUUUGGUUAGAUACUGCAAUCAUUUCAAAAACAUAUGGCUCUCAGCAGUUCAACAGUGGACAUCCUAAUCUGAUGGACGUCAAAAACAUAUGGCCCUCAGCACUCCUGCCAAAUCUGCUCCCGAUGCUGUUCUGUUGCAGCAGCCUGCUGAUGUUCUGCUGCAGCAACCUGCUGCCAUUCUGCUGCAGCAGCCUGCUACUGAUGCUGACUGCAACUCUACGGGGCCCUCCCUGCCCAAUCCUUCUUUUGAUGGUCUUAAUGAUAGUAUUGUCUGGACCAUGGCUCGUCGUAGGCGGAAUGGAAAAUCUUCCCCCCUCCCCCAAAUUUGUCUUGGCUCGGAUGAUUCUCCCCAUCCUUGAGCUGGGUUUUGGGUUGUUGCAGGUUUGAUAGGUUCUUUUCACCUGUUUGACCUUGGUUCCUCCGGGGUUCGUACCUCUGUUUUGUUGUUUUUUUUACUGCCUUUGGGCUGUUUUUUUAAGGGUCAGCACCCUUGUCUGUUGUUUUUGUAAUGUUGAUAGUCUUUGGCUAUGUCAAGGGUCAGCGCCCUAGUUAACGCUGCUUUACUAAUAAAAAAUAAUGGACAUCCUAAAGAAACAUUGCCAGUGGGGCUCUGUGACUUAAAA